AUGUCGCACUUCAAGAGCAAGUACCAUGAUGAGCUUAUUGCCAAUGCUGCCUACAUUGGCACACCUGGUAAGGGUAUUCUUGCUGCUGAUGAGUCAACUGGAACAAUAGGUAAGCGUUUAGCGAGCAUCAAUGUUGAGAAUGUUGAAUCCAACAGGCAGGCUCUUCGUGAGCUUCUUUUCACUGCCCCUGGUGUUCUUCAGUACCUCAGUGGAGUUAUCCUAUUUGAGGAAACCCUUUACCAGAGCACUGCUGCAGGCAAGCCUUUUGUUGAUGUUUUGAAUGAAGCUGGUGUUCUUCCUGGUAUCAAGGUUGACAAGGGUACCGUUGAACUUGCUGGGACUGAUGGAGAAACCACCACUCAGGGUCUUGACGGCCUUGGUGCACGAUGUGCCAAGUACUACGAAGCCGGUGCACGUUUUGCUAAAUGGCGUGCUGUACUUAAAAUCGGUGCCAACGAACCAUCAGAGCACUCGAUCCAUGAGAAUGCUUACGGUUUGGCCCGUUAUGCCGUGAUAUGCCAAGAGAACGGACUUGUACCCAUUGUUGAACCCGAGAUCCUUGUUGAUGGUUCACACGAUAUCCUCAAGUGUGCUGCCAUUACCGAGCGUGUCCUUGCCGCAACAUACAAGGCCUUGAGUGAUCAUCAUGUCAUCCUUGAAGGAACUCUCUUGAAGCCAAACAUGGUAACACCCGGAUCCGAUGCACCAAAGGUUGCACCUGAGGUUAUAGCCGAGCACACCGUUAGAGCUUUGCAGAGAACCGUACCAGCUGCAGUUCCAGCUGUUGUUUUCUUGUCUGGUGGACAGAGUGAAGAAGAGGCCAGUGUUAACCUCAAUGCCAUCAACCAAAUCAAAGGUAAGAAGCCAUGGACUCUUUCAUUCUCUUUCGGAAGGGCACUUCAACAGAGUACCCUUAAAGCAUGGGGUGGAAAGAAAGAAAAUGUGAAGGCAGCUCAAGAUGCUUUGUUGACAAGAGCUAAGGCUAAUUCUGAGGCUACUCUUGGAACAUACAAGGGUGCCUCUAACCUUGGUGCUGGUGCCUCAGAGAGUCUUCAUGUUUCGAACUACAAAUAUUGA